AAAACCGCUGUGGAUCGUAAAAUAUCUGUAGGCAGCGUGUCACGACCGACUAAUUGACAAACAAAUUCUGGAAGUGAUGGACACAACCAAUGAGGGACAAGGGGACUCAUCUCACUCCAACCUGUAUGCGUCAAUCCGGAAUCUAAAAGACAUUCCAAUCCCAAUCAUCGUACAAGUUUCCAGUUCUGAAAAGUCUGACAGGCCAUCCAAUCAAGUUCCUCCACAACUGGAGAGAGACUCGGAAGUAGCCAACGGACGUAACACUUAAUUUCACCUUAAUAGUUUUUUUUGUUGUAUUUGUACAACGUAUUUUUGACUCAUUGGAACUGCACAGCAACUCGUGUCCACUCCGUGACCCCCAAAGAAACGAGAAAUGGGACUUCCUUCACCCCAAGACCUCGAACUGCAUUCACAGCUCCCUUGAGAAAAAUUACUCACCGCACUGUGACGGCCACCUCUGAAAUGUCAUUGCUGAGUGAAAGUUCAUGUGCAAGUAGUCUAGCAAGCCCUAUCAACACAGCUUAUGCAUCCAUUCACCCAGCAGCUCCUUACUCCCGUGGGAGCUGGAUAUCGGGGAAAAGUCGACCGAUUUCUACAUCUCGCAUCGUUCUGAAGAACAUUAACGGUCGACAGGCGAAGGAGAGCGAGACCAUCCUCCGGAACAAGUUUCAAAUUCCGCUGCCCACUGAAGACGCCUAUAACGAGUGGCGUGUAGGUAUGGAGGACCCCACAGAAGAGUCCCGCAAACUUUGCGACCUGUCCGAGUUGUUGUACGAAGUGGAGCAGGAACCACCUCUCGAUCCUCACCAACCAGAGUCAGAGGAUGUCUACAAGUUCAAUUUGGUCUGCGGAAGAAUUGCCGAAUACUGCUCAAAUUUCGUUAGGAUGCCAACACCGCCAGGAUUCAUGGUGCAGUGUCAAAUCACUCGGUCGCGACAAGGAAUUAAUGGUCUGCUGUAUCCCACGUAUUUUAUGCAUCUAGAGAAUAAGAAUGGUGUUCCUGGGGUGAUGAUUCUGACUGCGGUUCGGAGCAACCUGGUGAAAACGGAUUAUGUUAUUAGCACAAAUCCAGCUGAAAUGUCACCAAAGAGCGAAUUUUGUGCCGGAAUUCUCCAAACAAAUCUCUGGGGAUCGGACUGUGUUCUUAAAGUCCCUGUGAAAUCAGAGAAAAAUGGAGAAACUUGUGACGAGCAGAAAAAAGAAUGGGAGCAAUUGAUGUCUCUCAAAUUUGAAUCCAACGCUCUUGGAAUCAAAGGCCCGAGAAAGUUGUCGGUUGCAAUUCCAAAAUUGAAGUCUGAUUGGGAACAGUGUCAUCCGGGAUCUUUCACGUUUCCUCCAAAUGACGAGGACACUGAACAAGUGGCCAUUGUGAAGAACAGGGCUCCCCGAUGGAGUGAGGAUACCUGCACGUACGUCCUCAAUUUCUCCAGCCGAGUACAAAGGUCAAGUGUUAAGAAUUUCCAGUUGGAGUAUCAGAUCAAGGGUUCUGACUUCACGUUGCUCCAAUUUGGUCGAUGCAACAGAAGCAAGAACUUCAUUUUGGACUUUAGCUACCCAUUCUGCCCAUUGCAAGCUUUUGCUAUUGCGUUGACCUCUUUCGACGUCAAGUGGGGGCUGGAUUAAGAAUUAUAUCAUCAAGUCGGUCAAAAAAGCUGUCAUGUUCAAAUAAACAUCAAAGUGAAGGGUGAACUUAUAUACGAUAAGUUUCCUUUAAAAUGUAGUAGAAUAUGAAUAGUGGAAGGAAUAAAGUGAAUUUAU